UCGUACUACUUUAAAAUUAUUCUAAAAUAAAAACCGCCUCCCAUUUUCGUUUCUUUGUUACCAGCUGGUCGUCUCGGUCUUCGUCUUCUACAUUUUCAGUCGCAGAUAGAUAGAGAGAAGGAAAGGGCGACGGCGCGAUCUUGACCGCAUAUCUUUGGGUUAUCUUUCCGAUUCGGUUGCAAUCGAGGUCUUAAAGCCGAGAGCUCUUGAUCGAGGGAACAUCAGAGUCCUAAAUGGAAAACAAAACAAAGCAAAAAUUAGUGAUGAAGGGCCAUGUAAUAUUGCAAAGUGAGGAUUUAUUGGAGUAUAUACUAGCCACUAGUGUGUUCCCAAGAGAACCACAGCCUCUCAAGGACCUGAGGGAAGCUACUGCAAAACACCCUUUUGCAUUUCUGGGCACAUCACCAGAUGCAGGUCAGUUAAUGGCUAUGAUCUUAAAGUUAAUGAAUGCAAAGAAGACCAUUGAAAUUGGAGUCUUCACUGGAUACUCUCUUCUCCUUACUGCUCUUUCCUUACCUGAUGAUGGCCAGAUUACAGCUAUAGAUCCCGAUCGGAAAGCCUACGAGAUAGGGUUGCCAUUUAUAAAGAAAGCUGCUGUUGAACACAAGAUUAACUUUAUCGAGUCACAAGCUUUACCGGUUCUUGAUGAUCUUACACAAGACCUAAAGAACGAAGGGAGUUUUGACUUUGCUUUUGUUGAUGCGGACAAGAACAAUUACUGGAGUUACCACGAGAGGCUGCUGAAACUUGUUAAGGUUGGGGGGGUGAUUGUCUACGAUAACUCGUUGUGGGGAGGAAACGUUGCUGCUCCCGAAGAAGCCAUUCCAGAAAAGAAAAGAGCCUCAACGAAGACUACCAUUGAGUUUAAUAGUUUCGUCGCUGCUGACUCUCGUGUUGAAAUAUCUCAUGCUUCUGUGGGUGAUGGCAUGCUCAUCUGCAGGCGAAUUUCCUAGAAUAUUUUCAGUUUUUGUUUUCUUACUUAGUUAUGAAGAAAAACUGUUCAGUGUUGUUUAUCCCUUUUUCCAUAAGAUCAUGAUUGCAGUGUCUUCAGCAAAAGAACUGCUGAGAAUAAAGGACUCGACUAUUUCUUUGGAA